AUGACGCCCUGGUCGUUACCGCAGUUUGCUUUCCAUUUGGUGACAUUCCUUUCAAUUGCAUUUAUUGCCUCGAUUUUUGUUCUUCCAUUCCUCACAUUUUCGUUCGUAUUAUCCUCAGCGACAGUCGGUCUAUCAUUCGCAAGCCGUACCUCGUUUGAAAUUGGUUUGUUCUUUUACGAUAGAUUCGUUAUACUCCUACAAGGACAGUUAAGAGGCAUGAUCGACCAGUUGCCAUCAAACCAGCCUGCAAAAGAGGAGAAAAAAGUGAAAGCUCAACAGCAGGGUGACGAAUUAUUCACACAACAGGAGCAAGCAGCACCUUCCCAGACUUUAGGGUCUACAAUCCCAUUACAAUCCAUUGAGGAGUCCUUAUUGGAUAGCACUUGA